CUGACGUACUCUCUCCGGAAAACUCGUCGUUUAGUGCGUCUAAUUCACACUGCCCAAGUGUUCGACGAAGUGCCCGGGAAAUCUUAGCUUUCAUGGAACACAAUCUUUGUAAAACUGGUCUUAAGGGUGUGUUCGGUGAUCGGCAAUGCCCUUUUCUUUUGUUCUAAUACUGGGUCUCUCUGCUCGAACAGGAGUCAACUCUUGCAAGUAACAAAAUUUGCACUCUGGGUUCUUGUGUUCUCAACAAGAACAUUUCGAUAGUGCCAUUGUUCGGACUCACUUGCACUGCAAGCGGUGUCGUGGGGGCUCAUUUCUAAACUUCAGUUAUACCAACAGCUCAGGCCAAUGCAGAUCCUUCAGUAAUUGUGACCAAGAACUUUUGGACAAGUGGCGAUAUUCUGUUAAUGCAUGGUGAUUUCACUCCCUUCUUCUCCCAUUGACUUAUUGCAUUUUCUGAGUAGGGGCAACAAAUCCUUUUCUUCGUUCAGUUGUCUCUUUUGUUUUCUGUUCAUGGGUCGCAAGAAGCUUACAAUGAGAAGAAUUGAGAAUGCGACAUCUCGACAAGUAACUUUCUCCAAGCGCAAAGACGGACUCAUCAAGAAGGCCAAUGAAUUAGCUGUUUUAUGUGAUACAGAUGUAGCUCUUAUAAUGUUUUCUCCCACUGGUCGAUUGACCAGCUUCCCUUUCAAUGGAAGGGUUGAGGAUAUCUUCCUUCGUUUUGUCGACCGACCUGAUGAAUUGAAGGGCGGACCUAUUUGGAAUGAAGAGGUAAUUGAAGUUUGUCUCCCUCUGUCCGUAUCUGUUUUUUUUUUCUGUCAUCAUGCCUGCCUUUGGUCUCUCCCAGUGUCACGCACUUGUUUAUUACCGUACAAUACUUUCAUCUUGUCCUUCCAGUAUUUGUCCCAAAGGCUUAAGCAGUUGAAAUGUGAAGGAGAAAUGCUGGAAAAGAUAGCAAAGUUUGCACCUCUCUCUCUCUCCCUAUAGUUUUUAAAAAAAUGAUAGAUAAG